CUAAGACAGGGAAUUUUUACUAGGAUUAAAUGUCAGGAAUUGUGAAAACUGAGUAAAUGUAUUUGGCUAAAGUGUAUGUAAACUUCCGACUUCAACUAAAUAUAGCUGCAAACAAACACAAUCAAUGCUGAACCACAGUUAGACAUCGCACCGCUUGUGAAGCACAGAGGAGGCCAAAGAAUAGUCAACAAAGGGGGGAAAAAACUAUCGCUGCAAAAGCAAAAUCAGCCGUUACACCACUUUGGGCUAUAUUUGGGAAUUUUGGAAACCCAUAACAAACUCCAUGACCCUUUACCAACACCAGUCAGAUGACUUAAAGUGUGACGCACAAAUAUGAGGGGACAUUUUGUCUCUUUUUAAUCAAUUGCUGUGAUGAAUGGCUGUGAAUUCCAGCGCCACAAAUCUGCAGGGAAAAGGCCUCUUUAAUUUAACCAGUCUUAAUCUUUGAUCUGUGGUGCAGUCUGCCUCCCCUACGGUAACAUGCCCGUGACCCUCACCUCAUCCCCGUCAAACCCCCCCAGCACAGCCCCACUACUGAUAACACUGCUUGGAAUGAGUGCCAUGAACGGAGAGGAGUGAUGCGAAUGCACAGACCAGUGGAGAGUGAAGAAUGUGGUCGAGCAAGCAGAGGAUGGGUCCUGCGAGUGCACAGGCAUCGGGGUCGCGCAAAUUAAACUUGAGUUGCAAGGGCGACUUUAAGCAAGCAGAACAUCAUUGCCGCAUGCAAAAUAUUAAUUUGAUAGCAGAGAUUAUUUUUUUUAUUUUUUUGCGGAGAUACUUCAAAAUCUGCAAUCUUUUACUAUUGUUUUAUUAGAGGUGAAAAUUCUAGCCAAUGAACAUGGUCGUCACUAGUUAACACAGCCACAAAGUCAUACUUAUUAUGGCUAAACCCAGCCUAUUUAUACAAUUUAUCUUCUUAAAAUCUGAUUUUAAACUCCCCUUAUGCCUAACCAUAACUUUAAUGUUAAGACCAAAAAGCUAAUUUUUGUUUUCAUUAAUUUUUACUAUACAUUAAAGCUGUGAUAUCUAGUGUAAACCGGAUUUUGACGUUGGAAGGCAAUGUAACCUAACGUAGCAGGCGUAAAAAAAGAACACCUGAGUGGAGUUCCCACGUCAGGUUUUCAGCAGAAAAUAAAGCUCGGUUGAAUUAGCUGUAUCCCUGAAAACUGGAUACAUCCGGUUGUUGGCAACUUCGCAAAGACUGAAGGCAAGGUUACGGUGGUGUAAGGACGAUGGCCGACAAUAAAAAGGCCCACUGUCACUAUGUGGUGGGGAAGUUGUUCUCUGCUUAGCUGACAAAGAUAGGAGAUACAAUGAGUCCGCUCUAUUCCAAGUACCUUGGCUCUCCUCUAUGCACAGCACUCUGGAGACUUCCUGCAGGUAACCUUGACUUCUAUCAAUCACCCUGUAACUUAAUCAUUCGAGGUACUGAGAGUUCCUCUAAUUGCUUUUACGCUAUAUGGAGGCAUUGUUAUUAGGACAUAUGUCACGUAGAGAGGAUAACUUGUUAUGGACUUUGACCAACUCCUGUCUGUAGGGUUAGAAAGAUGGUUCUAUACAGAGGAUGGUUCUAUGCUGAAUGUGUACAAGUUGGUAAGGGAUGAAGUGAGAACCUAUAGGAGGAUAGCUCUUCCCAGGUUGGGCAUGAAAUGACAGCAGGCUGUUCAAUACUGAGCCAUACUGACUGAUGAGUGGUGUGGAUUGGUACAGCUCGCCUUAGUCCCAUAGUAUGUUAUCACUUAUUUGGAUAAAUUAUUAUCCAUAGUUGCCUCUAUUAAUACAGCAGCAGUCUUUAAAUGGGCUGUUACCUUGAAUGCAACGCUAAGAUGUUCAAGCUGUUUAACUCCAAUUGAACUCUGUCUAUGCCAUUUUCUGACAUCAUAUUUUUACUUUCUCACUACAGUUGUUCUCAGGAGACGGGUGAGUGUAGAGAACAUACUGUAUGUCUGGCAAAGUGGAGUCAGGCUUCUACUUCAUUGGCAAAGUUUGGAUCUGCGAGUCACCUUUGACCUUGAUGUAACUUUCAUCGAAGUCUUUGGGUCAUGGGUGUUCCCUAACUCACCUUGUGACUUACACAACUCAGCAUAUAUGUAUCCCUUCACCUUCCUCAGUGGAGUCCCGACCAGGGGUAUCAAACUCCAAUGUCCGUGUACAUGUUGUGUGGGCGUAGUUACCGGACCAGUGGGAAGAGGCAUUGAUGAAAGUCCCAGUGUGGUCUCAACAAACAGCCGCUGUGCCAACACCAUGCCUGAUGACGACAACCAGAUGGUAUUCCUCCACCCUGGAUCACUGUAAACACACACCUAGUCUUUCUCUCUCUAUGUUGCGCACGUGAGAGAGAUUAAUGGGUCUGUAUAUGUGAGUGUGUGUAGUGUAGGAUAUAUGUGUUGUGUAUUUGAGUCUACUCUGCGUCUGUAUACACCCUGUAUUACAUACCUGUGUUUUUGUUUGCACACAUGUUCUUGUGUGUGAUUCAGUGUCAUGUUUUGUGACAACUUUCUCUUGUCUCCUCAGAUAUUUGGUGCUCCCCAGACUAGGGUUUCGAGGCAGAGAUGGACUACUCUGUUAGUCUGAGCUUGCCCCUCUACUCUGCACUCAGUGAUGUCCAGUCCCCAUACAUACUCAUUGACUCGUUUGUGCUGAUGCCCUACUGUAAGAACCUGGAGAUCUUCACUGGUUCUGAGGUAGGUGACCUGACCACCAACAGUGCCUGGGACACGUUCCAGCGUUACCGCUGUCUGGAGAACAUCCCGAGCGUGGUCAAGACACCCUCCACAGACAUCUGCUGCAAAUUCAUCUCUAGCGUGUCAGUUCUGCUGCACCAGGGAGCUAAAGAUGGCUCUGGCUUGCUGAUAACAUCUGAUCUGAUGAGACUCCCUAUGUGAUUUGACUCCUGUAUCACUACCUGUAUUUAAUACAACUUCCAAUGUCAAUUUAAAUAAUUUCACACUGUAAUUUGAUAGACAAUGGUAGUUCCCAAUCAGACAUUUACUACCUCAGUUAAAUGUUUGGUGAAUGCAUGGUGUUGUUUUGUCCUCAGUCCUCCUUUUGAAUGCUGUGUGUACCAGAAGAGGCUGGUGGGAGGAGCUAUAGGAGGACAGACUCAUUGUAAAGGCUGGAAUAGAAUAAAUGGAACGGUACAAAACACAUCAAGCACACGGAAACAACUUGUUUGACUCCAUUCCAGCCAUUACAAUGAGCCUGUCCUCCAAAAGCUCCUCCCACCAGCCUCCUCAGGUGUGUACCAUGAUGACAUGUUAAUCAUAUUAAUAAACCAUCCCCCCCCAAAAUGUAAAAAAAAAUAUUUAUCCCGA